GCUCGGCACAUCAGGUUGCCGCAGCGUUGCCCUGCGACAGAGCUCCCAGAAGUCCGUCCGCUCCGCUGCAAACUACUUACUUCCCGAUCGACUUGCAAAACCUCUCCCCUCUUUCAUCUUUCAACAUCUAUCUACAUUGAAAAAAAAAAAUGGCAACCUCUUCCAGCACCAUCAUCGGCUCGACCGGCCUCGUCGGCUCGCACAUUCUCUCGACGCUCCUCGCCGCCGACAUCUACAAACCCGUCAACACCAUCACCCGCCGCGCCCCCAAGGCGACCUCGCCCUCGCUCAACGCCAUCAUCGACGCCGACACUACAAAAUGGGCGCCUGCGCUCAAGGGCCUCUCGCCCACCUCGGCCGUUGUUUUUUCUGCCCUGGGCACGACGCGCGCUGCGGCCGGUGGCAUUGCCAAUCAGUGGAAGAUUGACCACGACCUCAAUGUCGAGCUUGUCAAGGCUGCCAAGGAGGCUGGUGCAAAGACAUUUGUCUUUAUUUCCAGCGGCGGCACCCGCGGCUUCCCUGGCAGCUUGUCACCCUACGCCAAGAUGAAGAACGGCGUCGAGGAUGCCAUCAAGGAGCAGGACUUUGACCACGGCAUCAUCAUCAAGCCCGGCAUGAUCCUGGGUGACCGCGAGGAGAAGCGUGCUGCAGAGGGUCUUCUCCAGAGCAUUGUUCAUGGUGUUGGCAAGCUCAGUGCUGGUGCGCAGAAUGCCAUUGGCCAGGAAGCCGAUGUCAUUGCCAAAGCUGCCAUUCGUGCUGCUCAGCUCGCGGACGAGGGCAAGGCCCCGAGCAAGUUCUGGGUGAUUGAGGGCAGCGAUAUUGUGCGCAUGGGCAAGACGGAGUGGGUUGACGCUCCUGUUGCUGCCACCAACACGGCUGCUUAAAGAGUAGUGCGCAGAUGCUCGAGAGACUGGCUAUUGAGCACAAGACACAUACGAGAUUGGGGGGGGUUAAUCGUGACCGGGGCUUCAUUGUCGAAGCUCUCUUCUUUUCUAAUUCUUAGUGAUACCAAUUUUAGUUUACGAAUAUACAUCCCACCUUUAAUUUGCCCUCUUUUUCUUUCUCAUCUCGUUACUUGGGCUCAUUUAAUCAGCCUCGCGCGCUUCCGGCUCCGGAGCGGAACAGGCAAUCAGCACAUAUCCACC